CUGCUGACGGUGUGUUGGUAACACGGCUGUGCUCCUCUGCUGCACACAGAUUUAGACUGACACAUAGAGGAGGAUGACUGCGACUGUGCAAAAUCCCUUUCAACAUAUUGUUGAGCCCUUGGACACCAACAAGCCAACACAGCAGUUUUUCAAUCUCUCCAAGCUCGGAGAUCCCAGAUAUGACCGUCUGCCCUUCUCUAUCCGGGUCCUCCUGGAGUCUGCUGUCAGGAACUGUGACGAGUUUCUAGUGAAGCGCUCAGAUGUGGAAAGCAUCCUCAACUGGAAGCAGACCCAGACUCAGACUGUGGAGGUACCGUUCAGGCCAGCCCGUGUCAUCCUCCAAGACUUCACUGGUGUUCCUGCUGUGGUGGACUUCGCUGCCAUGCGUGAUGCGGUGAUGAAACUAGGCGGCAACCCAGAAAAGAUUAAUCCAGUUUGUCCCGCCGACCUUGUCAUUGAUCACUCUAUCCAAGUGGACUUUAACAGGAAGUCUGACAGCCUUCAGAAAAACCAGGACUUGGAGUUUGACCGCAACAAAGAAAGAUUUCAGUUUUUAAAGUGGGGCUCUAAAGCCUUCAGGAACAUGCGAAUCAUUCCUCCUGGUUCAGGAAUAGUUCACCAGGUCAACCUGGAGUACUUGGCCCGGGUGGUCUUUAACGAAGAUGGGUACUUCUAUCCUGACAGUCUGGUGGGCACUGACUCCCACACCACCAUGAUUGAUGGCCUAGGCGUCCUGGGUUGGGGUGUGGGUGGAAUUGAAGCGGAGGCUGUGAUGCUGGGUCAGCCAAUAAGCAUGGUGCUGCCUGAGGUGGUGGGAUACAAACUGUGCGGGACCCCAGACAAGCUUAUCACCUCCACUGACAUUGUCCUCACUGUUACUAAGCACCUCCGCCAGGUCGGCGUUGUGGGGAAAUUUGUGGAGUUUUUCGGCCCAGGUGUGGCUCAGCUGUCCAUUGCUGACCGAGCCACCAUCGCCAACAUGUGUCCAGAGUACGGAGCCACAGCAGCUUUCUUCCCUGUGGACGACAUCAGCAUUCAGUACCUCGAGCAGACUGGGCGAGAACCAGAAAAGCUGACCGACAUUGCAAAGUACCUGAAGGCAGUGGGCAUGUUCAGAGACUACAACAAUGUUUCUCAGGAUCCGGAUUUCACUCAGGUUGUAGAGUUGGAUCUCACCACAGUGGUUCCUUGCUGCAGUGGUCCCAAAAGACCGCAGGACAGAAUUGCUGUUUCUUGCAUGAAAAAUGACUUUGAAAGCUGCCUGGGAGCAAAGCAAGGAUUCAAGGGUUUCCAAGUGGCCCCUGAUCGUCACAGCGCUACAGUCCCCUUCCAGUUCGGUGGAAAAGAAUAUACGUUGAGCCACGGCUCAGUGGUCAUCGCUGCCAUCACCAGCUGCACCAACACCAGCAACCCAUCCGUCAUGCUUGGAGCAGGACUUCUUGCUAAAAAAGCAAUAGAAUGCGGUUUAAGUGUUAAGCCCUACAUAAAGACCAGCCUGUCACCCGGCAGUGGAGUGGUCACCUACUACCUAAAGGAGAGCGGUGUUAUGGACUACCUCUCUCAGCUGGGCUUUGAGGUUGUUGGGUAUGGUUGCAUGACGUGUAUAGGCAACAGUGGGCCGCUCCCAGAGCCGGUGGUGGAGGCAAUAACCCAGGGGGACCUGGUUGCUGCAGGCAUCCUGUCAGGGAACAGAAACUUUGAAGGGCGAGUCCACCCCAACACCAGAGCCAACUACCUGGCUUCACCACCGCUUGUCAUCGCCUACGCAAUAGCCGGCACUGUGAGGAUAGACUUUGAGAACGAGCCCAUUGCCGUUAACUCAGAGGGCAGAGAGAUCUUUCUGAGGGAUAUCUGGCCCACCCGUGAGGAGAUCCAGGCGGUGGAGAGAACAUUUGUCAUUCCAUCGAUGUUUAAAGAAGUCUAUCAGAAGAUCGAGAAAGUGAAUGAACGCUGGAACGCUCUGGUUGCUCCCUCUGACAAGCUGUACACCUGGGACGCUGAGUCAACCUACAUAAAGUCACCUCCAUUCUUUGAUGGCUUGACUAUGGAGCUGAAGCCUCCCAAGCCUAUAAACGAUGCCUACGUGCUGCUAAACUUGGGAGACUCGGUGACCACAGACCACAUUUCUCCUGCAGGGAACAUUGCAAGAACCAGCUCCGCAGCACGCUACCUGACCAGCAGAGGUUUGACCCCUCGAGACUACAACUCGUACGGCUCUCGUCGAGGUAACGACGCUGUCAUGGCCAGAGGAACGUUCGCCAACAUCCGCCUUUUUAACAAGUUCCUCAACAAGCAGGCGCCACAAACUAUUCACCUGCCAACUGGAGAAACGAUGGAUGUAUUUGAUGCCGCAGAGAGGUACCAGCAGUCCGGUGUACCACUGCUGGUUCUAGCAGGGAAGGAGUACGGCUCUGGGAGCUCCAGAGACUGGGCAGCAAAGGGCCCCUUUCUACUGGGUAUUAAGGCAGUUAUAGCAGAGAGCUAUGAGCGCAUCCACCGCAGUAACCUGGUCGGCAUGGGGGUGAUUCCUCUGGAGUAUCUACCAGAGCAGACCGCUGACAGUCUGGGGCUGACCGGCAGAGAACGCUACACCAUCAGCAUCCCGGAGCAGCUCACGCCCAGGAUGAUCAUCGACGUAAAGCUCGACACGGGGAAAACAUUUCAAGUCCGGAUGAGAUUCGACACCGACGUGGAGCUGGCGUAUUUCCACAACGGAGGAAUCCUCAACUACAUGAUCCGCAAGAUGUCUGAGAACUAACAUGUUUAAUCUUUCUCAUUCUCAGCUACAGUGGCAGAGCUGUAAAAAAAACAAACAAAUCAUGUAGUCGUUGUCAGGAGAAUACCGUCCAAGAAUUAUCCAAUCGUUUCCCACAUUUGGUGCACAGAGGCCAUUACACAGAACUGAUUUACAGGCACAACAUUUAUUACAGUGUUCUCAUUUUUGAGGGUGCUGCUGUUAGUCCUGGUUGAAUUGCAGAGCAGACGCAGCUAAAUAUAAAUGACGUGAGUCAGGAUAUGCAAUGCAGAUCGAUGCUUGAUUUUAAAGAUGGGAUUGCGAAAAAGUUCACUUUGUUUCGCCUCAACCAAACCUCCAGUAUUUCAUUCGUGCAAGAAUCCUCAUCUCUUACCUUUGCUGUUCGGUGUGUUAUGGUUUCAGAGACAGCACUGCUUUCUCACCAAUUCAGAGGAUUAUUCCAGUAUAUUAUAGCCUGGGUCUUACAUUGGCUGUGGUGAUAACACAGGUUCUGCCAUUGACUUCUUACUGAUCUGCAGGUGGGAGUGGCAGGGAAGGAAAAAGUGUGUAAACAUGGAUGUAAACGGUUUUAAACGUCAAAGAGCUAUUGACUUUGUAAAUGUUUUAUUAAGAAAAAAGCGCACAACAUAAUUGUAAGACCUCAAGGAUACGCACAGUGUGUACUGGUGAAUCUUUUCCCAUUUGUGGUUAUUCUUUUUCUUUUCUUCUUUGCACAGUAAGGAGCAGGUAACGCACUGGACCAACAUGUUCAGAAGCAUCCAUAAUGUCCUCAUCAGAAACAGUUCAAAAAACAUGGCCCAAGCUGAUUUAUAGGUUCAUUCUUGACGUUUAUGAACAAUAUAUACAGCUUUAAAGGGCAAAGUAGUCCCAGAAGUGCAAAUCCAUAUUACCGAUAAUUCCAGAAUAAACAAUGUGGUUGGAUAGUUUUUGACUAUUUGUAGCGAUGGACCUCAACAAUGAAGGAAGAGAUAAACAUGACAUUACUGUGAUUACUAUUCCAGUAAAAGGCUACCUUAAACUGCAGCAUUAUUCCCCACACACACUGUUUUCUGGCCCUGCGCGCGACUCAGUUUUUGCCAUUUUUUAAUAUAUGUCUCUUCGUCUUUCCCGCUUCGUCUCUGAUUUUGUCCAUUUGUUCUUCGUCCCACUUCAUUGUAAGCUUGUUUUUGUCUGUGAACAUAAUGCCUUAAUACUGUUGUAUUUUAUGUCAUUUCGCUCUUAUAUCCUAAAAGACUGACAAAACCAUUCAUUUGCAAUCAUAAAGCAUUCAGCCACACAGUACUGAUAAACAGAAUAAAAACUGAUUUUUGGAGAAGUUCUCCUGUUA